AUGGGGGAUUCACAACAAGGAAAUAACAAAGGAAAGGGCAAAGAGAAAGAGAACUAUGAAUCUUGGACCAUGGACGAUACCAAUGAGUUGUUGCAUCUCUUGGUGGAUGCUAUCAAUAGUGGAUUGCAGAUGCUAAUGGGUCACUUAGCAAGCAAAAUCCGAAUGAAGUGGUUUAAGAAGCAAUAUAACAAGAUGUCGAUGUUUAUGUGUAACAACUCUGGCUUUGGGUGGGACCCAAUUGCAAAGACGUUCACUGCUAGUGAGGAAGUAUGGAAAGAUUACUUGAAGUCCCACCCAAGUCAAAGUAAACUUCGAGAAAAAAGUGUAGUUGAUUAUGAGGAUUUGAAGAUUGUCGUUGGGGGUGGAACUGCUACUGGGAAUGGUUCCAUUGCAUUAGGCGCUGAUGAUACCGAUGCAACAACUUAUGGGGAAGAAAAUAGAGAUUUUGGGAUGGAAGACUUUUCAUAUGAUCCUAAAAAUGAUGCGUUCAUAGCACCAAAUCACUAUGAACCAUCCUACCAGCCUCCAUCACCCCGCCAAGGAUUGGAUUGGAGCUAUUGA